AUGGCGAAGAGCAAUGCAGUCCUCACGAACCGUUCUGCUGGCCAGAGUCACCUCUAUUCCCCAGCCGUCAGGAAGAACGUCUUCAGGAUUCUGGGGAUAAUAGUCGUGAUAUGGGGUGAAAUUGGUGCCUUUUAUUGGACUCUCAGAGGAUGUCGAUGGCCCACGCCCAAAGGCGCGAAGGGUGAUAACAGAAAAAGACCAACACACGUUCUUUUAUUAUCCGAUACCCAAGUCAAGCACCCACUUUUGCAAAGUCGAGGCGAAGCCUGGUCCUCUGUUAUUCGCCGGUUCUUCUAUGAUCUAAAUCUGAAGAAGAGUUGGCAUGUCACUACCCGCUUGAAACCCGAUGUAGUCAUUUUCCUCGGCGACAUGCUGUCAAAUGGAAAGCAAGCAAAGAACGCAGAAAGUUAUUCCAAGGCGGUUAAAAAAUUUAAAAAGAUAUUCAAGACAGAUGCCGGCGUAGCGACAUAUUAUGUACCAGGUAACAACGAUAUUACGAUGGGAGAAAUCACGCCAGUGGCGAAGCGCGUUCGAGGGUACUUUACCGAGUCGUUUGGCCCUCUCAGUCAAGCCUUUGAUGUGAAUAACCACACGCUCGUCAUACUCAAUGCUCCGGGCUUGGUCGAUGAAGACUACCAACGAGCAGGUCGAGGGGUUUCAUUUGCUAAAUGGACGCCCAUCCCAGACGGUCCUAUCGCUUUCGUGAACGAUAUCGCAUCUAAGAUUGACGCCGAAGAUGGUGAAAAAGAGGGUAAAUCACAGAAGCCUGUGAUCCUGCUCAGUCAUAUUCCUCUAGCGAGACCCGAGAUGGCGAACUGCGGUCCACUUCGUGAAAAGGGCACUAUUCGCCGUGACGUAGGGCAUGGAUAUCAAAGCAUGCUUGGACGUCAAACGACGACCUUUUUGCUCAAAACUGGCGACAACCGAGAUUAUUGCGAAUACAGUCAUACGAACCCUGACGACGCGCACUCAAUCCGCGAAGUCACGCUGAAGUCCUUCUCCAUGUCUGUUCACAUUCAACGACCCGGGUUCCAGCUUCUUUCGAUAAUGGACCCCUCCGACUCUUCCACUCCGCUGGCGAACCCUAAUCCAAACACUAUCGCCGAUACCCCUUGUUUCCUUCCCAACCAGAGCAAAAUCUACACAUCAUUCUACACUCCGCUUUUCAUCCUCACUGUCCUUGCAUUAUUCCUCCUUAAUUACACGGCAAGGAGGAAGGGGCGGGGGAGGUAUAGGUACAAUUCUUUACCUCCGAUUCGUAUCGGUGCAGGCGAUUCAGGUUCGACUUCGUCAAGUGGCAGAAGCAGCCCGGUUCACCUUCGAGCGCCGUCGAAUACGUUGGUUUGGGCAACAACGCCCACUUGGUCGCCGUAUUCUCCCAAUACGCCGCUCAGUCCCCGGCCAGGCAACAACGUUGGUCUCCCGGGCGUCCUGCGCACUCCACAUAGUGCGAGUGGGUUCAAUUCCACCGGGCCGCCUACUUUUCGAGCAUCUUCCAGACCUGGUACACCGACGUUAGGGGGAUCUUUGGUUGUUCCGGAAUCACCGUUCCGAGGAGUCAGUGUGGACGAGGAAGAUGAAGAUCCAAUGCAACCUUCUCAGUAUAGCAACUCGAUUUUGAGACGCGAAUCUGCUCAAAGGCGGUACCACGACGACCAUGACGAAGAAUGGUCGGACGUGGGUGGAAUGGGGAGGUCAGCAUCCACGUCGUCCAUGGCUCUGAAAGAGGAGGAAGACUAUGACAUGGUCAACAAUGAAACCUCAGAUGAUCAACAAGCACCGUUCCUUCCAGCCCCUUCUUCGCACUCGAAACACAAGCGCAAGUUCUCGGAGUUCAUUUCAGCGCCAUACAUCAAGGGUGUAAAACGCGGGUCGACAAGCGAGCGUGGAUGGAGUUGGAGUUUUGAGCUGGCUGGAAGGAGGAGGAGAAUCAGUUUGCGACCUCCUGAUAUUGCAGGUCUGCGGAAUUUGGUCUCGCUGUUUGAAGGCCCAGGAUUACACAGAAAACGGCAGAGUCUGCUGGCCGUUACGGUUGUAGACUACUUGAGCGUUUCCUGGCCCGGCGUGUUAACUUGGUGUUUCAUUGCAUGGUGCCUUUCCUAG